AUGAGGAGUUGGUCAACAUUGAUUUCCCCAAUGGGAGGGUAUCACAUUUAUUCAAAUGAAAUAAAGUCAAAUAGUGGCCACACCAAUUUGUAACACAUUUGGCAUUUGUUGUACCAACCCCAUGGAACCCACAACAUUGGUAUCUCAUUUGCUAAUAGUUAUCAUUUUUUAAUUAUGAUAGGGGGUAUAUUUUUAUUAUUUCCUUAAUGCUGCUAGAGUCAUCCUCCAUUUAUCUUCAACUAUAGAGUAAUUUAUCGUCAUUAUCUUUAGGCAUUUUACUUGAAAAAAAAAUCAAAAUUACAUUUAUUUUUUAUAAUAUUACAGCUCAAUGCACACCCCAUGAGAGGAUCAUCAGGUCAUGACCUCACGCUGGAAACUACUAUGGAAUCAAUUAGGUUGGCAACUAAGUCGUAGGGAUCCAGGUAAGAUGGAAAGAUGAGCAAGGGAAGUCAACUAUAAUAUCAACGAGGAGAAAAAGUCCACAAUGCCACGAAUAGAACGUGAUGUGCAUGGAUAAACAACAUCGCCUUGUGUUUACCAACUCCUCCCACUUCGUGCCGCGUCAACGUUGAUCUCCUAGGAAGGGCGACAGGUGCUUCUUCUGUCCGCCGUUUUUUCCUGCUUCUCAGGAGGCAGAACAGAAAAUCUCAAAGUCAAAGGUGGCCGAACGAUAGAGUUUCCCGGGUCCUUCCAAAAUUGUCCGUGGCGCCCAUACGACCGAUUCGGAACGGACAAAUCGGACGGUCUGAUUGAGCCAACUAUUUAGCUCGACGCACGCCGAUGGCGUAGACUUUAAUGCCUAUGCUCGGUGGGAUUAUGUUUAUUUAUUCCCUCUAUUCUUUGAGAAAAUGCAUACAACUCUUAUCUCUUUGUAAUUAAACUUAUACCCUCUUUCCAUGAAGAUAUCGGACCAUUUUGAGAACUUAAAGGGAGAAUCAAUUCUCUCUGUGUUGCGUAUAAUAGAGUAAAAAUAUUACAAAUUAUAAUUACGUGGUAUAAACUAAAUUCUACAUCUUUUGGGGGAAGAAUUUUAGACAAUGACGAACCACCGCCGUCCUCUUCAUCCCUGUCACUCUAAUGAUGAGAGAGAGAGAGAGAGAGAGAGAAGGGAAGACCGUUUCCUUCAUCCGCGCAAUUAUAUGUACCUCUGAGGAGCUGCCGCUGCAUCCCGUUCUUUGUUCUGUGUCCGAGAAGAGAAACCUCGGAAAGGGCGGGCGAGGAGAAGAAGAAGGGGAAAGAGAGUGCAAGUAUUAAAGCUUGCUCGGCGAUUCCCUUAUUGAAGAAUGGUGAGUAGCUUUUGCUAGUCUAGUAUCUGUAUUUGCAUGAGCCGGACUAGUUUCAUUGUGGGUUUUAGUCGCCUUGUUGAUUGAUCAAUUCUGGGCAUAAAAAAAUCUUGUUAUCUUGGGUUGUCAGCCUCUCAGAUUCCGGGCGCAGAGCUGUUUCUCUCUCUCUACAGAAGACGGGGCAGUUGUGGAUUGUUUUCUAGGGAUUCCAGAGUGAGAAUUAUCGGUUCUCUUAUGAAGGAUUUCUUACUGGAUACCUAUACAGCAGUUUGGAAAUUAUUUCAUCUCUCUCCUUUGAUUUUUCUAGCCGAGUGUGUACUUUUAAGUUUGUAUUUUUAUUUUUAGUUUUAUUAUUUUUCCAUUUUUUUAGGCAUGAACAACGAUCAUCCGGGAGUUGAUCAUUAGCGUUCAUGCCAUUCGUUCAGGAUUUUGAUACUUUCGUAUGAUAUGGAGCCCAGCAAAACGAAAAGGAUGAUGAAAUCCUCGCAUAUUAGCAUGCCGAUUUCCCAUUCCUCAACUGGUAUCACAUGUUUUAUGAUUCAUUUAGCUGUUUCUUGCCUGAAUUUUCCCAUGGUCAGAAUAUAUGUACGCAAUUUCAGACCAAAAAAAAGCCAGAAUCCUCAAUCUAUGGCACUAAUAUCACAUAAUCAACUCCUGAACAAUAAUCAUUCAGGUCUCCAAAAGCAGAAAGUCUAUGGGCGCUAGAUUUUGCCCCUCCAACUUUUUUUCGAAGUCAUCCAGCUGUUCAUUGAUUGAGUUUUUCUGCGAUCAAAAACCAAGAUGUUGGAGCCAAACAGUUUACGAGUUGACCAAAUCAUUGGAAUUCUGAAGAAACGAAGGAGCAACUCAAAGAUUCUCAAAUGAGCCGCUAUAUAAUCCUCUUAUCUCUAGAUUUUGAUUUGAAUUUUUUUGAGUGCCCCUCGUCUCAUUAGACUUUCUUGUGGGAAGAGUUAUGGGGUGGUUCAAGGAAUUGCCUGGAUCCAAAACGUUUUUUCAUAUCUCUCUGAUCCAUUCAGGUGCUCUUUGGUUGACCGUCAGAACCUGAUGUAUGCACUCACAGUGCACCUGGCAUUCUGAAGAGAUGAGUGAAAGUCCAAUACCACUUAAAACAAGCGCUUGUAGGAAUGAGAGGCGUAUCUAAUGAUGGCCCAUUUUUCUUGACAUCCAUUGGGCUUUCUCCUUGGUUAGAAUUUGUUUGUGGGACGAAGCAUUGGGUGCUUGAUCAAUUCACGGAUCAUAUGAUGAUUUGAGCGAAUUUGUAAAUUUUCUAUAUUUCUUUUUUUUUGGCCUCGUUGCUCAAUCUGACUGACUCAUGGAACAUGCCCUAGGUUUGAAUUUUUCCCAGGUAGGAAAGAUUUCUAAUCAGAAAGGAGGAGAAGGAAUAACACUGCUUAAAAGUAAUAUCUGGAUUGGCGAGUCUCUCAGAGUAGUCAGUUUCAUAAAAUAUACAGUUGGAUUAAUUAGAUUUCAUCAGUCUCAUUGUGUUCAUUUCUAAUAAAUUUUCUGUACAUUUUGAUUCUCUUGUCUGCCCAUAAUUUUUCUCUAAUUAUCAAGAUAAAAGAUAUAUAAAACCAUUUUGUCCCCACAAUCCGGGUCAUCUCUCUCUCUCUCUCUCUCUCUCUCUCUCUCUCUACUUCAUAUGGGCCCUGCCAAGAUACCAUUUUGGCUACUCUUGCAAACUCUAAGUGUUAUAAAGAUGCCCAUAUUCUUGCCAGAUUUGGCAUCGCCUGGCCAACUAGCACCACAAUUGACUCCAAGGACUAGAAAUUUCCCAGAUUUUACAGAGACUUCAUCCUGCUCACGAGGGUCCAUGAAACUUCUAUGAUCAUCAUUAUUAUUUAUUCACAAAAAUCACCGCUGCAGGCUUCAUCGGUGCCCAAGUUUGGUGGGUGGAAUGAAAACGACCCUUCAUCGGCUGCUGGCUACACGGUGGUCUUCGAAAAAGUGAGGACUGAGAAGAAAGCCCCAAAUGCUACCACUGAGUCACAUGUGAGACCUGCCCCAGCCGAUUCCAGGAACAAAGCUCCGGUGAGUUGGGGUCCCCUGGGGUUGGGGAUUGGAGUUGUUAUUUUCUUUCCCUAUUUAGGCUUUUAUCCCUAGUUGGCAUCUGUGGUAUCUUAGUGAGCUGAUUCUUGGAUAUGUGAGUUCAAAAAACCGAUAAUCCUCUGCUCAUAUGAAAGUUUUAUCGGGUGUCGAUAGCAUCCAGUUUUGACCACCUUAUCGCAUGUUCUUGAGGUAGAUGCCAAUCAUCAGUAUGCUGGUGGGUAGCUUGCCCCAAGUGGAAUGUCUCUUCUGGUUCUUGAUUUCUGGCACAAAUCUGAUCAUUGAGACUCUCGGAUUCUAUGCUUGGAUUAUCAGCGUUGAGUGGGGGAGUGACUCCUUGUGUUAUUUAACUUUGUGCCGCAGAUUUUUUUUUUUUUUAUUGGGUUUCUAGAUUUCUCAUCUUGUGUUGUCGUCAUAGAAAAUCGGAAUCCAUCUACUGUUUUUAUCAACUUUUUUACCUCUCUUCCCUCCCCCAAUCACCAAACCAGCAGAAGAAUGAUCUGCUCAGUGUUUGUAUGAACACAACGAAGAUCUCUCUCCCCCCCCCAAGAACUCCAAUAAAUAGAAGAAACCCUAGAUUUCAUUCAUUAUUUCCCUUGAUUUAUUCACCAAUUAUUCGGGACCCACUUCGGAAAUCAAAUACAAAAGGAGGAUCCAGUGGCAAGGCCUCCUGCCCAUCUGCCAAUAUGCAUCUAAGAAUGAGAUGGCAUGGCAUGAUCGGACUCCAACUUUGUGCAUAGUUGGAAGAAAUCUUCUUAUUUUGGGAAGAAAACAAUUUCCCUGUUUGGCAAUGUCUUUAGUUUAUCACCAUUUUGACAGCUUGUUCACCAUCGUUCUAAUAAAAAAAAUCCUCUUCCUGAUGCAGCGGUGCUCGUGCUUCAGCUGGCUGGGGAAAUGAUGCUGGUCAAAGUCUCCUCGAGGAUCUCAUCCACCCUUGGAGAAUUCUGCUCAUUCAUUCAUAUGAAUUCCACACCUCCCCUCCCCCCCCCCCUCACCAGUGGGUUUGAUUCCACAUGAAUUUUAGAAUCUGCCAUGAAGGUUGACUCUGUCUUGAUAGAACAUCUGAGUGGAGUACGUAUGGUUCAGCUGUGUAUGAUAAUACAAGGAGGGGCUGGCCGUUUGUGUGAUUCUCUCUCUUGGUUAUCUUCUUGUUCAUGGAAAUGCCUAGAUUACCGAUUUUGGCUUUCCCAUGAGUACCUGAAAGGGAAAUUUCUUGUAUCCGUUGACUUCUAGCGUCCUGAUCACACGAGAAAAGUACCCAUCUAAAGCAAAUAUGUUGCCGUUGACAAUAUUAGUAAUAUAUAUUAUCAUUAUCUGUUCUAUAGAAUGUUUGGUUUAGCUGUGUAUGAUUCUCUCUCUUAGUUAUCUGCUUGUUCAUGGCCAUGCCAAGAUUACCGAUUUUGGCUUGCUAUGAGUACCUGAAAAGGAAAUUUCUUAUAUCCGUUGACUUCUAGCUGCUGAUCUCACAAGAAAAAUACCCAUGUAAACCAACAUAUGUUGCCGUUGACAAUGUUAGAUAUAUGUAUUAUUAUAUUUUCUAUAUUUUCCUUGUCUGCAUCCUCUUAUGCUAUCUUGCCUUCGUUACAUCUGAUUGGAUGUUGACUUGGAGUUAAAAAGUCAAAAUAUUUGGCAAGUAAAUAGGAUCGAUUGAUCUAAUUUUAUUUCUUAGAAAAGAAAUCAUGGGAUGGCAAUCACGUAAAAUCUCAAGAAAUCAUGGACUUGGGGCUUAGUUUGCAGGUCAGUGCCAUGUCGAUCUGAUAUCAUCAUCACUGAUUUGAUCCUCUCCAUAAUAUAUAUAUAUUUAAAAUUAUUAACAUAAAGGGUGCAAAAAGGGUUAGAUACUUAUUUAUCUCAAAUUUUAUGAAUUUUGGGCUUUAAAAAAAGGGAAGCGGGCAUAGGAGGUCUAAAACCAAUAUUAUAUAUAUAAGAGUUGAAAAUAAAUUUUAUAUAAGUUUUGGGUUUUGGAGGAAAAAGUUAGCCCUGACUCGACCUGUCAGAGCUCCCUGAUUGCGAAUUCAACUGUCAGGUCGGUGAGGGAGAGAGAGAGAGAGAGAGAGAGAGAGAGGCAGGUGGGGACGUUGACGGUUGACUUUAAUGAUUCCUCAAAGUCAAUCGUGUUCUCCCAUUCCCUUCCCCUUCGUUACUCUUUCUUAUAUCGUGAUCCUCAAAGUCGCUUAUCUGCUGCCUGCCUGCCUGCCUGCCUGCCUGCCUGGCUGCCUGGCUGCCUGCCUGCCUGCCUGCCUCUGCUCUGUCCGAGGAGAGAGAACUGGUUUGGUGGGUGAUUGGCUGGGUGGGGAGAGAACAAGCAGACGGGGGCGGAAGGAUUAGAGGCGUCAUCAGCACUCCUAUCUGCCGCGAAUGUCGGUGA